AUGGACGACCGACAAAUUUCCAGGCCUUCUCGUUCCCUUCUAUUCAAAUUAGCAGCUUUUUUGAGCGUUUUUUCGCUGCUGUACUCAAUCGCGCGUUUCUAUUCACGACCUGCUAACAACACACGUCCAUUCGCUCAAGACCGCCUUUCGUAUAGCAUACUUCUCAAGGCCGUCAACGGUGCGCUCGACAAAGAGAUCCAACGCCAUGUAUCCUCACAAGAUACCUCCCGUGGAUCGAUGCAGUUAGAGACCAAUAAUUUGGAUUCCAAUGGUCAACGGGUUGGACAAGUUAAAGAUCUAGAUCUGCAAUGUUUCCUCGACAAUUAUUCUUGGAACCACAGUAAAUCGCGUUCUUCUUCUGCGUCAUCACCUCGCAAACUCUGUACACCAUCUACGCCCUUGAAACCAAUUAAAUAUGCCUCUCAGCUCUGCCCGCUUCUUGUAGGAAGAAAGGUUUUACUCGUUGGCCCAGAAACAUCCUUUCAUCUCCACAUGCACUGGUUACACGACCUCAAGUUACACGAAAACAGAUCCCACAAUUGCUUAGGACCGGAGUUUUGUAAUUCCCAUCAGAUAUGUUUACCUCCUUCAGUCGAACCGUUCUCUAAGGGGCCGCCUAGCAAUCGAGAAUUAGUAAUGACAAGAUCAGCGAGUCUCCGCUACGCGAUUUCAACGACACUGUAUGUUGGUGAAACUUCAAACAAUGCAAGGUACACGAGUUCUCUGAAGCAGGUGGAUCCGCUCACAAGGGUGCGGAUGAGAGACUCUUAUUGGCUUGGGCAAGCAAAGAAGAGCGACGUGUUAAUUUUAAAUCGCGGUCCACUGCCAGCGCCUUCUCAGACAUACGAUGGGACACGCAUUGGGAACUGGACUUUUCUUCGGGACGCGGUGUACAGCCCUGAAUACACGGACAAGAGAUGGAAUAACUCUGGUCAGCCUUCAUUUCUGAGUGCUCUACCGAACGCCAAGGAGGACAUCAAGCAAAGAGUUGUAAUGGCGGCACUCCAUGCAACAUUGACAAGAUUUCUUCCAUCCGUGCUGGAAACUUUCCGCAUCCUCCGGCACGAUCGUGUUAUCCGGAACAAGGCUUUGCUAUGGCAUGGCAGUUGGUACAGUCAACCCUCCUGCUUGAACCCCCUGGAAAUGGGAAUAAUCCUUCCCGAAAAUGCGCUUUGCGGGAGUGUGAAUAACGACUAUUGGCUUCUCUACUACAACGCUCAAGUUUACAUGCAAAAUUAUCUCCUCCAGGUACUACUACCUUACUACGGCAUCCCCUUCAUACCACAGGCGGUGCCACUGUAUCACGCAGACGAUCAAGUACUAGACGGCAUACAUCCCAAGAACUGUCUGGUAUAUUCCUUUGGAUCUCUCUCAGAAGAAACCAUGCGACUCGCACUUCUCACCGGGGUAUCGAGGACGCUCGAAGAGCUCUGA